AUGGAAGAGAUGGAAAGUGAAUGUGUGGCUGAAUGGAGAAGCGAGACUGGAGGGUGGAAUAUUGAGACCACGAAUAUGUAUCUCACGCUAGAGGACGUGGAAGCUAUAAUGAAUGUACCCCAUACAAGAAUAUGGAAAGCUAACGUGCCACCGAAGGUCAAGAAUUUGGUCUGGCGGGCUAUUCGGGGUGGACUCCCAUCCAUGGACACCCUCAAACGAUGUGGGAUGAACAUUGAUACAACAUGUCCAAGAUGUGGGGAGGAAGUAUACACCAUCACUCAUAUGUUACUAACGUGUAGGGAAGCACAUAUAUUAUGGCGCCUAUCCCCUUUAAGACUCGAGCUGCACGAAUGGAUCCUCGGACUCAAGGAAUGGUGUGAAUCUUUUGCACCUUCUAAGAGUGAUACUCGUGACUGGGAGCUAGCUAUGGUCUUUUUGUGGCAAGUGUGGAAUUCUAGGAAUAUGUGGGUGUUUAAGAAAAAGAAGGGAGACGCUAGACUGCUCUGCGAUCGAACAUGUCGCUUUAUCGGGGAACUUGAGGCAGCUGUAGCAAGAGAGGAGAGCCAGGUAGGCCUGUAG